AGAGAGAGACAUGUGUGUACUUAAUUAAAAAAGGAUAGUGAGCGGAUUCAGCCGCUUGCUCUGAAUGCUCCCAGCUUCCCACCGUCUCACCCCGACGACAGAGAGAAAAGGACGCCGCGGGAGGGGAGGGAAACGUACAGGAGCUCAGGCUGAUGCAUCUGUGCCUCAGCAUCCAUUUCACAGAGAUUACAGUCGGGAGCAGAGGAGACGGCGCGCAUUUCUCCGAGAAACGCGGUGGUCUUGCUGAGAGCCGGACAGAACGCAUCUCCCCCGGCAGCAUAUAGUGGCAGCAAAAUCCGUGUGCCAGGAGCAGAGGCUGAUAAGGACGCCGAAGGAAUAUAUACGGCCGCGUUAAGUUUGGGGUUUUUCUUCUUUUAUUAUUAUUCUCUGGAAGUUGCGCAGUGAAAGAAAGAGGAAAAGAAAGAAGCAAACAAACAUGGGAAUGUGUGGCUAUCUGGCAGAACCUGGGAAAUUCCUGGUCGUCCUCGGACUUAAACUGCUACUCCUUGUACCUGCAGGAGUUCCGGCCAGGAGCGGGGAUUCUGCACUGAAGGACAACAUCACCGUGAGACAGGGGGACAGCGCCGUGCUGAAAUGCAGCGUCGAUAGCAAAGUCUCUCGAGUGGCUUGGCUCAACCGCACCACCAUUCUGUUCGCGGGGACGGAGAAGUGGUCUUUGGAUCCUCGCGUCAUCCUGAUGGAAAACACCGCCAUCACAGAGUACAGCAUUCAGAUCCAAAAUGUCAACGUUCACGACGAGGGACCUUACGUCUGUUCCAUUCUCACCAACAAGAAACCAAAAUCCACAAAAGUGCAUCUCAUCGUUCAAGUACCUGCCAAGAUAACGAAUAUAUCGAAGGACGUCACGGUGAACGAGGGCAGCAGCGUCAAUCUGAUGUGCCAGGCGGUGGGACGACCUGAGGCCAGCGUCACAUGGAGGCAUCAGUCAGCCAGAGGUGGCCAUAAAUUUGUGACAGAGGGGGAACAUUUGGAGCUGAUCUCGAUCACCAAAGAGCAGUCGGGAACAUACGAGUGCAUCGCCUCAAACGACAUCUCCAGCUCUGACAUCAGGAGAGUGCAAGUCACAGUCAACUACCCCCCCUUCAUUUCGAAGGCGAGGAGUACAGGCACUCCGGUCGGACAAAGAGGGGUUCUGCAGUGCGAAGCCUCUGCCGUUCCCAGGGCAGAUUUUGAGUGGUACAAAGAAGACCGCAGGCUCCUCAAUGGAAUAAACGGUCUGAAGAUAGAGACCCAAGGAAAACAGUCGCUGCUCAUCUUCUUCAACGUGUCAGAGGAAGACUAUGGAAACUACACCUGUGUCGCCAUGAACACCAUGGGAAUCACUAACGCCAGUAUAAUUCUUUAUGGUCCGGGCGCGAUGCACGACGUGAACGGGACGCCCGUCCUCCGCCGCUGCUCCGCCUGCCUCCUGCUGACUGUGACCUUAUCCCACCUGCUCAAGUUCUGAUGGAAGAUGUGACCCCGCCCCCCCUCACUUCGAGCUUCUCGCAGCACUGAAACAACAAGAACAGACGAUUUAGUCCUAUGAGAAGAACAGGAAACCAAGAACGCCACUGGCUCACGCUCUUUGCUUUCUUUCGUAUUUCCUUUCCGGCUUUACAUCGGAGUCUGUUCUCUGUCGGUUCACCGAGAGCGACAGGCGACUGUGGAGAGAAGGGAAAAGUUUUAAACAUGCACUAAUUUGAUGAUGGUAAAACUACAGAGCUUGUGUGUGUCACCUCCUUUCCCCCCCAAAACCUUUUUUGUAUGUGAAAUAGGGAGAAAAAAAAAGAAAAAAAUGUGUGUUACUGUUGAUAGUUGACUGUUUAUUGCCCAAUAUUGAAGUGUAAAUUCAGAUUAAUACUAUUAUUGUGUGACAUCUGUUCAAUAUCUGUACAGUACCAGUAAGCUUUUUUAAGUCAAUGACAAAAAAAAAAAAAAAAAAAGAGGAAAUAAUGCAAUGUGAUUGUUGAAUUUCACUGUAUUUUUACAGUUGUAUGCAAAACAGAAAAACAAAACGCUGGUCCUCCGAGGCGAUCGGUCGAGAACAUUAAAGAAUACACCAUUAUUUCUCAGGCAAAGUCCUAUAGCAUAGUGCAUCCUCAUUUUUACCUUGAUCAUAGUGUGUGUAGAAAAUGUACAAAGUGAACAGUUAACUCCUGCACUCUAUGAAAAGGCAUUCGUUUCUGAGAUGGCAUUUUCUUUUUCUUUUUUUUUUUUUGAAACGCCUCAUCAUCACUGAUGUCAUAGCAGCUUCAAGGCAUGUUCAUACCUACAGUCUGAAUUUUGACUCAUGCGACUCAUUGGUGUGAUUUCUUUACUUCGAAACAAAAGCGUCAGGAGGGACGACGGUCCGGUCUGCGCUGUGUGACAGCGCUGUGAACUGUGUCAGGUUCAAUUAACCACUUCUUGCGUACAUAACAAGCAUUUCAGUUAUUUUUAGUUAUUUGUACCUAUUGUUCCCAAACCGUGUUUCUCCCCGUCUCUCCUCCAGACUCCUUGUUUUAAUGUAGAGGCCUGUAUAAAUUGUGUUAUUAGGUUAUUUAAUCCGUCUCUUCUUAGCCACAGUGGUCCUCAUGCUUCUGUUUUGAGCAUUAGACCUCUAUGCAAACCAGACUUUAUCUUUAGAGCUUACAGCCAUCUUUUUGAACGUUUAAGAAAAAACGCAUGGUAGGUUAAUUGUACUAAAUCAUUAUUCUAUUUAUUUUUAUAGUUUUUUUUUUUUUUACUUUUUAUUUAUUGUUACUGGAAAGUGGAAGUAAAACUUAAAUGUGCAAUGUUCACACUUAAAGCAAUCGUUCCUCUCAAUCCAUAUAAGUAUUGCUGAAAACCUGGGACGUUUCCAGUGAGUCUGAGUCGCAGUAAAACACUUCAGCACAUUUAACGGUGGACACGUUUGACAUUAAGCACUUUGCAGCAAAUUGUCUCACCGUACAUUUCGGUGGGGUUGAGAAAUAUGAGACCAGCUGAAAGACCUAAAGCAAAAGCAGAACUGAACCCAGGAGGAUCACAACGUCUAAAGAGAUGGAGUGGCUGAGAACUAAAUCAUGGGCAGUCCUGGGUUGAGCAGAGGCCAAACAUUUAACAAUGAAAAAACUUCUAAACAUUGUAAGGGGAGAAAUAUAUUUUUCUCUCUUUUUUUCCCAAAUUGGCUGUAAAUCAUGUCACUGCAUCAGGUGCUGGCAUAGAAGUUUAAUCAGAGUUUCAUCAGGAUCUCCUGAGUCAUUAUUCAGGACUACGAUCGGGACGUCCCAGCUUCUUAUUGUUUCUUACUUUUCUUUUCCUGUAUUUAUUAUUUAUUCUACAUUACAUAUCUGCUGUCAUGCUGCAGUCAUGUAAAACUGUGACAGAGAGAGAGAGACAAAAAAUGAAGACUUGAAAUGUCUGUUCUGUCAUUCAGUCAUUUCUUUGCCAAACUUGCUAAAGAAUUUCUUUGGUUUCAUUUUUUUAAAACGAUAUCAGAGCAAAAACGUCUCGCUAAUGUAUGAAUGUUCCCUGUAGCUGCUAUGAAGCGACAUUCAUGUGUGGUGAAUGUGUAUACUUUCGACCUGAUGUGCCCGACAUCAACAGUAGUGGAAGCUGUUCCUCCAGGACCGGAGGCCGGCGGACCGACGUUCAGGGGACGGUUUUCAGUCAACUGUCUGACUUAAGCUCCCCGUUGACUGAGAAGUGGAAGCGGUCGCCGGACGUGACGUCCCUCUGUCGCUCACUCCGCUCUCGUGCAAAGACCUUAUGAGUUGAGAAUCGUGUUGAAGACAAAAGAACCUGGACGAGAGUGAUGUAUAUGGGAGUGUUUUGUACUUUACUCACCUAUGUGCUUGUGAAGAUGAUAGUGAACCAGUCAGUUACGGACUACAGUGUCUGGCCAAAAAAAA